AUGGGCAAAGGUGGACAUAAUACAAGUAUUGGUAGCGGUCAUGAUCAACAUUUAGACACAACAACACUACCGACACAACAUCGAUUACCAACAUUAUCUGAAAUAAAAGUUAAAAUUCCGCCUCAUUGUUUUCGCCCAACUGUUCUUCAAUCAAUGAGCUAUGUUAUUAAGGAUAUUAUCUAUGUUGCCCUAACAUAUUUUUUCAUGUGUCAAAUAGAGAAAUUAUUUAAAUAUGGAUUUUUAUUUUUUCCUAUUUAUUGGUGCGUACAAGGAACUCUUUAUACAUCAUUAUUUGUACUCGGACAUGAUUGUGGACAUGGAAGUUUUAGUAUCUAUCCUUUAUUAAACAAUAUUGUCGGUACAAUAUUACAUACAUGGAUAUUAGCACCUUAUUAUACAUGGAAGCUUACACAUAAUAAACAUCAUAAAAAUACAAAUAAUAUGGAUAAAGAUGAAGUUUUCUAUCCAAAACGUGGUAUAAAAUAUCAGCCUUCAUUUAGAGAUGAUAUUUUCUUUUGGUUUCCUGGUCUUGGUUGGUUUUAUUAUUUAGUUUUUGGUUAUACACCAAGAACAAUAAAUCAUUUCAAUCCAUUUGAACCAUUAUUCUAUAAUAAACAUUCACUCGGUGUUUGUCUUUCGCUUAGUACAUAUUUAGGAAUGUGUUAUUUGAUGUAUCUCUAUGCAAAUUCUUUUGGUUUCAUUAAUUUAUUAAUUUAUCAUCUUAUACCAGUAUUCAUAUUUGCAUGUUAUAUGGUUAUUAUAACUAUGUUACAUCAUACAGAAAUUGAUGUUCCUUGGUAUGCAGAUUCCGAAUGGAAUAACGUUAAAGGACAAUUAUCAACUGUUGAUCGUCAUUAUAGUUAUAUUCAUUCAGUAAUUCAUUCAAUUGGUACACAUCAAAUUCAUCAUCUUUUUACAAAAGUACCACACUAUCAUUUAGAAGAAGCAACGAUACAUUUUCGAAAAGCAUUUCCUGAUCUUGUUCGAAUUAAUGAAGAAUCAAUUUUAGUUUCAUUUUCUCGUAUGUGUAAAAUCUUUACUAAACAACGAUGUAUUGAUCAGGAUGUACGAAUAUUUACAUAUUCGAAUGAUGAAAUUGAUAACAAGAAAAAAACUUCAUAA